GUGCUAGUUCUGUGGAUGUACCCGAUGAACCUGCUAGGAAAUGGAGUCCUUAUCUCUGUAAUCAUCUAUGAUUCUCACUUGCACACCCCCAUGUAUUUCUUCCUCUGUAAUCUUUCCUUUCUGGAAAUUUGCUACACAAGCUCCUCUGUCCCAUUAAUUCUUGACAGAUUUCUGACAGUAGGGAAAAGGGUUUUCUUCUCUGGAUGCAUGGUACAAAUGUUUGUCUCUUUUGCCAUGGGGGCUACAGAGUGUGUACUUCUAGGCAUGAUGGUACUUGACUGCUAUGUGGUCAUCUGCUACCCACUGAGAUACCCUGUCAUCAUGAGCAAAGGUGCUUAUGUGCCCAAGGCGGCUGGAUCCUGGGUCGCUGGGAUUGUUGACUCAGUGGUGCAUACAUCUCUUGCAAUGCAAUUACCAUUUUGUGCUAACAAUGUCAUUAAUCAUUUUGUCUGUGAAGUUGUGGCUAUCCUAAAAUUGACCUGUGCUGAUAUUUCAAUUAAUGUGAUCAGCAUGGGAGGCUCAAAUCUGACUGUUCUAGUUAUUCCAUUGCUAGUAAUUUCCAUCUCUUACAUUUUUAUUGUUGCCGCUAUUCUAAGGAUCCCUUCCACGGAAGGAAAACGUAAGGCCUUUUCCACCUGUUCAGCCCACCUCACAGUGGUGAUUAUAUUCUAUGGAACCAUCUUCAUGUAUGCAAAGCCCAAGUCUAAAAUCUCUGUUGGUACAGAUAAUCAAGACAUCAUUGAGGCCUUCAUCUCCCUCUUCUAUGGAGUGAUGACUCUGCUCAAUCUUCUCAUCUACACUCUGAGGAAUAAGGAUAUAAAGGCUGCUGUGAAGAGCAUGCUGGGUAGGAAAAACUUCUCUGAUUGAAUAUGAGUACCGAUAUACACUAUGAGACUCCGUAUUCAAAGCUGCU